CUCUGAGUUCAUGGCAGACGAUAUUGCGAGUAAGCUUUGCUCGUUCCAGCUAUCGGACAGAGAAUCUUCGGCCAUUGAUAUAGCCUCAGCUGACAUUAACCUCAGUGCAGCUGAUUGCUCGCGCAGUUUAAUGGGGAAAAUUAUCAGUCAGAAAAGAGCUAACCUCAUCGGGCUCCGUCGGGCUGUUACUCAAAUAUGGCACACCAAAGGACCAAUUACAGUCAAAGAAAUUAGCCCAAACUUCUUUCAAUUUGUCUUCUCAGAUGAAGCUGAUAAAACCAAAGUGAGCAAUGGUAUAGGUUGGGCAUUUGAAAAUCAGUUCUUGGUUCUUCGAGACUGGAAGGAGGAUAUCUCCCCUGAGAAUCCAGAAUUUUCGGAGAUGGAUAUGUGGGUUCAAGCCUGGAAUUUGCCUCUCAACUGGGUGUCAACAGAGGUUGGGCUCAAAAUUAGCAAAGCCUUCCAAUCUACAAAAGAUGUCCAGAUUCCUCAGGGAGGAUUUCUUGCGGGCAAAUGCAUCAGACUGUUGGUUUCAGUCGACCUCACUCAACCCAUGCUCAGAUGUGCUAGCAUAAAACUUGAAUCCAAAUCUCUGCUGGUGCAUUUCAAAUAUGAAAAACUAAUUAGUCUUUGUUAUUAUUACGGGAUGCUCGGACAUAUUGAUAAAAAUUGCAAUAAAAGAGCUAUUGAUAUAUCUGAUGGGACUCUGAAGGAGGGUCUCUAUGGAGACUGGAUGAAAGCUCAGGAAUUUCCCUACUUUGCCUCCUCAAGCCUCGUUGCUACUUCUUCCCCAUUUAAUCACUUCAGUUCCCCAAGCCAAAGAAUAUCCAUUAAAGGUAAUAAUCCUAUUGUCAACUUAGCCCAAUCCACACCAGCCCCAAACUCCCCAAAUCCCUCAGAUUCCAAUCAUGUCAGUCCUUCCCAGGCUAAACUCUCAGAACCCAUCCACACAGAUUCACCUCCUGAUAACUCCAUACCUUUUACAUCCCAUAUCCAUCUUAUGGAAUGUGAUAAACCCAUAAACCACUCAAAACACAUGGAGGCUCCAUCACCCAAAUUUUCUAUUUCUCUCGGAAACAAAAAAAAAAAAAUUCUGCAAACUAUUUGUAAUAAUCUUAGGGUAGGUGACUGUUGGGAUUCUGUUGAGCCGGUGGGCAGAAGUGGGGGUCUGUUUAUAUGCUGGAGUUCUGAAACCAAGGUCAUCAAUAUCAUCAAACACCCUUUCUGUCUUGAGGUGGAAUUCUGGGAUGAUGACAAGGCAAGCAUCUGCUGGGGCAUUUUCAUCUAUGCCAGCACGGAUAAUCAAAUUAGAAAACAGCAGUGGUCUCACCUUAUUCUUGCUAAACCUAAGUGGGGCAACAAUUGGUUUCUGGGAGGUGACUUGAAUGAUAUCCUAAUCCAACAGGAAAAGAAAGGAGGAAGAAAUCGAUCCCCCUCCUCAUUCUUGCCUCUUCUGGAUUUUGUCAGUAACAUGGGUAUGCUAGAGAUUCCUAUGGAGGGUCACCCAUUUACAUGGGGUAACAAUAGAGAUGCAGAGGGAUACGUGGAAAAAAAGCUCGACCGGAUCUUUGGCUCUCUUAGCUGGAAUACCUUAUAUCCAAAUGCCACUGUCCACAACAUCUUCAAGA